AUGAGCGAUCUCCAAUCGCAGUCGUUGCCUCGCGCUACCCAUGCUUCUCCGGCCAUGACCCCUGCCGCGCCUUCGUCGGCCCACGGCAGCAAUCGAUCGCCCAUGUACCCGGAUCUGCUCGGCGAACCCCCCGUUCCCCCGCCGAGAACCUCGUCGUCCCACCGAAGCCAGCACAGUUCCAACGAGAAGGUCUCGAGCUCCCGCCACGGAAAGACCAGAGGCGACGACCGAAGCGCAAGCCACCGCGAGAGGAGGGGCGACGGUUCCCGUUCCCGUCGGCAGGACACGAGAGCGCCCGAGGAUCCGUCGAGAGGAGCGGACGCGACCACUCGAAAUCAACCUGCCGCCACCUUCGAUCCGUCGCAGCAGUCGGACGGCCGUAUGGAGGCAUAUCCGGGUCAGGGAACGUUGGUCAAGGAGUCGAGUACCGUGAUCAACCAGGUGCUGGUGAGCGACCCUUCGGUGGACAUUGAGCGAGAACAAGUCCGACAGACUGGCUCGUCGGUCUCUCCGCCCCCCGAGGCGGCUCCGCCGUCAGGAGGCCUGGCGCUAGUGGGGAGUGAUGGUGUGGACGACGGAGGUCGCGGCGGGCUGCGCAGUCGACACGACUACACCGAAAAUACGAUUAAGCGUAAGGAAACGACGUUUGGCCAGUACAUCCUGGGGCAGACGCUCGGAGAGGGUGAAUUCGGCAAGGUCAAGCUGGGCUGGAAGCGAGACGGCACCAUUCAGGUGGCCAUCAAGCUCAUCCGAAGGGAGACGCUCGGUUCGAAUCCCAGUCGGUUGCCCAAGAUCUAUCGAGAGAUCUCGAUUCUGCGGGAUCUUUCGCAUCCGAACAUUGUUCGACUCCACGAGAUGGUGGAGACCGACCGACACAUCGGUAUCAUCAUGGAGUAUGCGUCCGGCGGUGAGCUCUUCGAUCAUAUCUUGAACAACCGAUACCUCAAAGACAACGCUGCUCGGCGACUCUUUGCGCAGUUGGUUUCCGGUGUCGGGUAUCUUCACAAGAAGGGUAUUGUGCACCGUGAUCUCAAGCUGGAGAACUUGCUUUUGGAUCGGAACCGCAACAUCAUCAUCACUGAUUUCGGCUUCGCGAACACGUUCGACCCGGUCGAUGAGUUGGGCGAGGAGAUCGAGUACAACCUGACGAACAAGGAUUACGUGAAAAGGAUGCGCCUCGAUAAGACCAAUCACAAGGGCCUGCGACGGGGUGAUCUGAUGCAAACCAGCUGUGGUAGUCCGUGCUAUGCUGCUCCGGAGCUGGUGGUCAGCGAUUCGCUGUACACGGGACGAAAAGUCGAUGUUUGGAGCUGCGGUGUCAUUCUCUAUGCGAUGUUGGCAGGCUAUCUACCUUUCGACGACGACCCCGCUAAUCCCGACGGCGACAACAUCAACCUACUUUAUAAAUACAUUGUCACCACUCCCCUCACUUUCCCUGAAUAUGUCACGCCCCAUGCGCGUGAUCUUUUGAGACGGAUUUUGGUGCCUGACCCACGGAAACGGGCGGAUCUUUUCGAGGUUGCACGACACAGUUGGCUGAGCGAGUACUCGCACAUCGUGUCGCACAUCACCAGCAGCACGACGAAAGUGGCCGAUAUCGCCUCCACGACGGUUUCGACGGACAGUCGCAAAGAAGCUCCAUCCCUGGCACGCAGCGCGUCCGUCAGAGAGCCGCCCAAGACGUACCAGAACUCAAUCCCGUCGCUGGGUGGCCUUGUCCACCACUCCGGGGAUAUCUCGCAAGAACAGUCCACGGAUCGGUCUAAGACGCCCCGGGAUACGAAACGGCGAACGGUUCAGGUUGAGUACGUCGCUCCUCAGUCCCAGACCACGAGAGGUGAGAACCCCGGUGAUAUCGAUGGGCCUGUCGCGAGCUCGUCACGGCCCGUGGAAGCUGCGCCGACUCGUGCCCGAUCCAACAGCCGCGUGUCGGAGAACCACAUGGCCGCCCAGCAGAUGCCCGAGGCACCGAAUACGCGCGCCGUGGAUGCUAAGCCGCCCGUCGAAUCGACUCCCGCCCCGGGACACCUCCCUCGCUCGACGUCGGAUUCGACAGCGCUCACCGGGACGGGGACCAUGCCUCCUCCGCACGCCGGCCGCCCUACCACGGGAGCUUCCAUGGCAUCCUUCAACACCGGCCGCUUGCCGUCGCGAGGCUCUUACGGGCAGCCCGUGGCGCCGACGGUGGCGGCGACGAAUGCUCAAGGCCGGUUGGCGCAGCCCAAGAGCAAGCAGUACGUGAUUUCGGCGCCCAUGCCCCAAGAUCCGUCGCAACCGAGCCCGACAUCUAUUGGUCGCCCGAGUGCCCAGCAGCUGCCGGCCAAAUUCAACACGACGCCCCGGCAAGAGCCCCCCAAGGGCCACAAGCGAUCGAACACGGUCUCGGGUAUUGGCGAAAAGCUGUUUGGACGGUCCGGGUCGAUCUUCGGAGGUCGUGGAAGCCAAGCGAACAGCUCUCGGCAAAAGAGCGGCAAACGGUAUCCUCCCACUAGCAUGCGCGAUCCGUAUGCGGGCGAUGACGGCCGGAUGUCUGUGGACUCGCGGCGUUCGAUUCAGUACGGGUCCAAUCGGAAGAUGAGUGAGACGGGCGGCGAGAGCAGGCCUCGUCGGUUUUCCCUCCUGCCUACCUCCUUUUCAUUGAAGGGCUUCUCUUCUUCGAGCCGGUCCCAAACACCGGAUGACGAGUUGCAAGCCGAACGGAUACAACAACAGAAUUCGUCAACCGGGGCGAUACGACCCCGUGCACGCGCUACCAGCUACGGCACUCAGGAAGCCAUCUCGACAAUGCCCGAGGGGGCCCCGGCCGACGACGUCAUUACGAACGAGGAACCGGUGAACUACCAGGCUCGCAUUGAUCAGCAGUUUGCCGUGCUUCAUGGCGCUAACUCCGGAUCCCAUCAACCGACGUCUUACAGCGCCUCAGCCGAGCAGGUCUAUCCGAACGAGAACGACCAUUACUACCGGAACCAAUACGCCAACCAUUCGGCACCCAACUACUACGACGAGUACAAUAGCCCGUAUGAUAAUAAUUCGUCUCGUCAGUCCGUCCAGGCCGGCCGGUCAGCCCGCGGCGCAGGAGUUCUCCAAAAGAACCACCGAAAAUUUGCAGACGCCUACGAAUCCGAACGGGACCUGUCGCACCACCCCGGCAGCUCUGGCGCGGCUCGUAAGGUCAUGGACUUCUUCCGUCGACGAGCCAAGUCCAGAGCCGGGGAUGACCGGUAG